GAGUGCCCUACGAGUUGGAGGUUUCUUAUUUAUAUACAUCAGUUUCUAAAAUCUAGAGCUAAAUGGCCCAUCAAUACUAAGCUGUACAAUUGCCAAAAAGUAUCUAAGAGAUACCCAAAAUACAUUAAAUACCAGUCACAGAUACUAAGCUAUAUAGCUCGUCAGAAUGAGGGUCCUGCCGGUCCUUCUUGUGGUUCUGGCCUUGGCAAGGAUCGAGGCCUGUAACCGGUCGCCGUCGGGAACUACUGCAGCCAAAUCACCGGUGGACGAUAACUUUGUGUUAUCCGUGGGCGGAAAUGCCCACAGCUACGUCCCUGGACAGAAAUAUAAUGUUACUCUCAGUGCCUUUGGCGGCCUGUCGUUCGUGAGCUUCAUGUUGGCUUUGGAUCUGGAAACUGGAGAGAGCGAGGACAAUCCGAAUGCAGUGGGCACCUGGGAAAUAAGCGAUCUGGCCGAGACUCGUUUUAGCCCGAGGUGUGCCAAUCUAGUGGAGAACACAAACACGAAUAUCAAAACCCGGGUGGACUUGGUUUGGGUCGCUCCUUCCACACCAGGACAAGGAUGCAUCCUGCUGAGGGCAACAGUACUGCAGCACCGGGAUGUGUGGUUCAUGGACGAUGGUUUUCUCACCAAAAGGAUGUGUGAGGAGGAGGUGGACGACAUUGACACUCAGCCCAGCAUCAUGGAUCCUUGCUGUGCCUGUGAUGAAGCCAAAUAUGAGCUCACCUUUGAGGGCAAAUGGUCGCGGCACACGCAUCCCAAGGAUUUUCCGGCCAAUAGCUGGCGUACCAGAUUCAGCGACAUCAUUGGGGCAUCCCAUACCAUAGACUACAGAUUCUGGCAGUACGGGGAGUUAGCCAGUGAAGGACUGCGGGAGGUGGCCGAACACGGCUCCACCCGUACCCUGGAGAGCGAGCUGAAGGAUCAGAGCGAACACAUCCGGACAAUCAUCAAGGCCCGGGGCAUAGCUUAUCCGAAUGUUACGGGCAAGACGUUCGCUGUUUUCCGUGUGGAUUCCAGUCACCACCUGAUAUCGCUGGUCUCCAUGGUGGAUCCCUCGCCGGAUUGGAUAGUGGGUGUUUCUGGUCUGGAGUUGUGUUUGCCUAACUGUUCCUGGGUGGAAAACAAAGUGCACAAUCUCUAUCCUUGGGAUGCGGGCACAGAUAGUGGGCCUUCUUACAUGUCAGCAGAUCAACCACAAGUUCCGCCAGAUGUUAUCCGUCGCAUCAAGUCCAACUAUCCCAAUGAUCUACGGUCACCCUUCUACGAUCCCACUGGCGCCCAGAUGAAGCCUCUGGCCACCUUGCACAUUAACCGGCGACGCCUGUACGAAAAGAACUGCGAAUCAACGGAUUCGGAACAACUACCGCCUGAGUGCGCCACCGAGGCGUGGUCUAAAUGGGAUGAGUGCACCACCAAGUGCGGACCCGGAAAGCAAUACCGGACACGUGAAUUCAAGAACCCCGUGCUGGCCUCGCGCCAUCGUUGCAACAAUGCCCUCCGCGAGGAAAAGAACUGUGUGGGUCGCAAGUGCGCCAGUUUCAAUGAGGAAGAAGUCGAGGCUCAACAGGAAACCGGUGGCACUCCCCCGGGUGGCUACGAUGAUCCGCAAUGCGGCCUGUCGGAAUGGAGCGAGUGGUCCUCCUGCACGGUGACCUGUGGCACCGGCGAGAUGACGCGAUCCCGCCAUUAUCUCAACAAGAAGGCCAAAAAGAAGUGCCAGAAGGCGAGCAAGGUGCGACUGCAGGAAACAAAGGUCUGCGAGGCUAUGGAGUGCGGUGGUGACAUCGAGAACGGUGCUGAUGGAGGCGGUGAUCCGGAAGAGGAACAGUCUGGUGGCGAAAAUGGAGGCUCUGCGGAGAAGCGUUCGAUAUUCCGCAAUUUUGAAAGCUACAGCCAGCACCGGGAGGACUUUAUCCCGCCUGUUUGUGGAGUGACUCCUUGGUCUGACUUUUCACCCUGCUCAGCUCCUUGUGGUGGACAUGGAAAGCGCCAACGCAUUCGCAAGGUCUGGAAUAACAAUCAGGUCUACGGAGUGGAAGAUCCCAACUAUGAUGGUCCGGAUCCCUGUCGCCACAUCAAGUUGCAGGAGGAGGUGAACUGCACGAAUCCCAGCUGCGACACCAUCGUACCAGGUUUCUGCUACGAUCAACUGACGGAUAGUCCCUGCCGGGACAGCGAUGUGGUAAACUUCUGGUAUUAUGACCACGUGAGUGACCACUGCGCCAUCUACUGGUCGGACCGGUGCGACACCAACCGCAACAAGUUUAAGUCGAAGGAGGAGUGCGAAGACACUUGUCGCGUGCCGCGUCACAAGCAGGAGCUGCAGCACGAUGGCCGUCCGCCAGUUGAUUGCCUGGUCUCCGAGUGGGUGUCCCACAUAUGCAAUGCCACCUGCGGCGAUGGUUACCAGCUGCGAACGCGACGUGUCUUGAGAACUCCCAAAUACGGCGGUCGUUCAUGUCCCAAGCACUUGGUACGUCUGGACCGCUGCUAUCAGAGAUGCGACGACAUGUAUUCCAUAAGCAGUCGCGGUUUCGGCGAGAGAAGGCACGUGGUGAAGGUCCAUCCGAUGCCUGAGCGAGAUGAGUGUCGCUAUUCGGAGUGGUCUGCCUGGACGCCGUGCACCGCCACUUGUGGCGACAAUGCUGUACGCCAGCGCACCCGCACCCUCCUCAACACGGACAUGAGCUUCAAGUGCAAGGACCGGGUUCGAAUAGAGAAGUGUGUGAUGAUGCCCUGCUUGCUGACCAGCAACGACGAUCCCGACAGGUGGUGACUGUAGCCGAGAUGAAGAUUCUUUAGCUGUAAUAAGUAUUAAUUGUAAUCCAAUUAUGUAAUCACAUAGAAAAAUGAUAUUUCAAAUAUUCUGGAUUAACUUUCAAAAGUUUUACUUUAGGGAAAGAGCUCUGUAUAGCUUACUCUAUGUUAUAUGGCGUACUGACUGCUCUAAUUAAUAAACCAAAAAAGGUCUAUUUCCCUU